AUGGCGCGCGGUCGACCGUCCCGCGCGGCAGCUCGUCGCAGCACUCCCGCAACACCCAUCACCUUCGACGACGACGACGACGAAAUGGAGGAGGUAAUUGAUGCCGCCGCCGCCGAUCGCGCCGAGACUCCCGCCGAAGAAGAAGAUGCUGGCACGCCUGCGCAAGAGUCCGAAGAAGAAGAAAAGGCAGCUUCGGAACGCUCUGCGACACCUGUUGUUCAAGUGCAGCGCAAGAAGCGUCUUGGUCGUCCUCCCAAGAAUCGCCCACCUGACUGGAAUGUAAUACCCGACGAUGGUUCUCAGUCCGGCACCCCCGUCAAGCGCAAACGUGGCCGACCAGCUGGUGGAGGCUUCCGUGGCCGCCCAAAGGGCGGCCCAGUGCAGGCAACCCGUGUCGCAAUUGACAAAGAAGGCACAAUGAUGGACGUGGUGAAUGAUGAGGUGGAUCUGCCCGAGGAUCCUGAGGGCGAAAAGAAGGUCGACAAGCUUGGAAACCUGCAAGAUGGUCGAGACUAUCGUGUGCGCGUCUUCACCAUCGGCGGUCGCGGAGAUAGACUCUAUAUGUUGUCUACCGAACCUGCACGAUGCUGUGGUUUCCGCGACAGUUAUUUGUUCUUCACCAAGCACAUGCAGCUCCAUAAGAUCAUUAUCGAUGACACAGAGAAGCGGGAUCUGAUAGACCGCGAAAUCAUUCCUCACUCGUAUAAAGGCCGUUCAAUUGGUGUUGUCACGGCUCGUUCUGUUUUUCGAGAAUUUGGAGCGCGCAUCGUCAUUGGUGGUAAGAAAAUCAUCGAUGACUAUUAUGAGACCGCAGCGCGCGAGAGAGGCGAUGUCGAGGGCGAGCUAGCAGAACCACACGACAAGCUGCCACCACCUGGCGAACCCUACAACAAGAACCAAUAUGUCGCGUGGCAUGGUGCGAGCAGCGUCUAUCAUACUGGCGUACCAAGUGUACCCUUGGCGAAUGGUAAACCGGUGCCUGGGAAGCGCAAGGUUAACAUCACAUCCGCCAAUUGGCAGUUCGAGCACGCCAGUUCCUCCAGCCGCUUUAAUGCGAACUUGUCUGCCUUGCGAAGAGUGAAUCUGAAGCAGGGCAUCUACGACCCGCACACCAAUCUAAUGACCUAUCCAAGGACGACGCAGCCGACCCACGCCAAGUGGGAGGAAGUGCCACAAGACGAGAGCGAUGUGCCCCCGCUUGUCCGCAAGCACUAUUUUGUCGUCGACACAUACGUUCAGAAGCCGCCAUAUGCCAGCCUAGGGCUUCCAGGACCAGAUGCUGAAUUCCUUGAUGUUGGAACAAAUGGAUUACCCAAUUUGGAAGAGGACGACGUCCAAUCCAUGGCACCGGAAGCACGCGAAACCUACGUGCAAGCAAAGCAGGACCAGACAUGGUGGAGGGACCAAUUUCAGACGGAGACGGUCGACGGUGCUAGGCCGAAACUUAAGAUAGGGUAUUCAGGCGUUCCGGUAUAA